AUGAAUUUUGGUUUCACCCAGGAGCAAGUGGCCUGCGUGUGCGAGGUCCUGCAGCAAGGGGAAAACAUCGAGCGCCUGGGGCGCUUCCUUUGGUCGCUGCCAGCCUGUGACCACCUGCACAAGAACGAGAGCGUCCUGAAGGCCAAAGCAGUGGUGGCCUUUCAUCGGGGAAACUUCCGGGAGCUCUAUAAGAUCCUGGAGAGCUACCAGUUCUCUCUGCACAACCACCCCAAGCUGCAGCAACUGUGGCUCAAGGCUCAUUACAUCGAGGCAGAGAAGCUGCGCGGGAGGCCGUUGGGAGCCGUGGGCAAGUACAGGGUGCGGCGCAAAUUCCCCCUGCCUCGGACCAUCUGGGACGGAGAGGAAACCAGUUAUUGUUUCAAGGUAAGGAAGGCUCCCUGAAGAGACCUCUUCCGUGGUAGGCAUCUCACUGAAAAGGCAGUCAGGGAGAUGCAGGAAACAAAGAAACAACUGCCACCAAACACUCCAUUUUUCAGCAGGCACAAAACCUGCACAUCGUUCCUUGAAAACUUUCAGGGCUUGGCUUGGCAAAGUAGCUGUUCAGCUGAACUCCCCCUGUUUUGGAUUACUGCAAGCGCCAUCUGCUUUUGUCCUGGGGGUACUGAAGGGUACACAGUACCAGCACCUUUUUUCUAGAAGAAAAGCACUGCCUAAGUCUACGGCAACUUUCUUCUCAUUACUAUCGUACUUGUCCACUUCAGUCAGCUCAGAACAGCCCCACUGGGGAUGGGAUUGUGCAUUGGGCAGGUCAUUACAUCGCAUGCUCUUUUCCCCUACCUGCAUCUCCACUCAGCAUGACCCCAAGUGCUCCCUCACCUCUUUGCCUCUUUCCCCCACGCUGAUGCAGCCUCCUUGCCCUGGAACCCCAUUCAAGACCACUUAGGUGGUUUGCUCAGGUGGUUAGAGCAUCAUGCUGAUAACACCAAGGUUGCAGGUUCAAUCCCCAUAUGGGACAGCUGCAUAUUCCUGCAUUGCAGGAGGUUGAACUAUAUGAUCCUCAGGGUCCUUUCCAACUCUAUGAUUCUCCUCUUCCUCCCUUUCCAAUCCCUCCUCAAACCCUCCUCCUUCUUGUGUUGUUGUUGUUCAGUCGUUUAGUCGUGUCCGACUCUUUGUGACCCCCUGGACCAGAGCACGCCAGGCACUCCUGUCUUCCACUGCCUCCCGCAGUUUGGUCAAACUCAUGUUGGUAUCUUCAAGAACACUGUCCAACCAUCUCGUCCUCUGUCGUCCCCUUCUCCUUGUGCCCUCCAUCUUUCCCAACAUCAGGGUCUUUUCCAGGGAGUCUUCUCUUCUCAUGAGCUGGCCAAAGUCUUGGAGCCUCAGCUUCAGGAUCUGUCCUUCCAGUGAGCACUCAGGGCUGAUUUCCUUCAGAAUGGAUCGGUUUGAUCUUCUUGCAGUCCAUGGGACUCUCAAGAGUCUCCUCCAGCACCAGAAUUCAAAAGCAUCCAUUCUUCGGCGAUCAGCCUUCUUUAUGGUCCAAGUUUCACUUCCAUAUAUCACUACUGGGAAAACCAUAGCUUUAACUAUACGGACCUUUGCUGGCAAGGUGAUGUCUCUACUUUUUAAGAUGCUGUCGAGGUUUGUCAUUGCUUUUCUCCCAAGGAGCAGGCGUCUUUUAAUUUUGUGGCUGCUGUCACCUCCUUUUUGUAGGAAUUAACCUUAUACCAAGUCAGAACAUUGGUCCAUGUAGCUCAGCAUCAUCUACACUGACUGGCAGCAGCUCUCCAGGGGCUGUCCCAGCCCUGCCUGGAGAUGCUGGGAAUUGAACUGGGAUCUUAUGCAUGCAAAGCAAAUGCUAUCACCCUCUGCUGCAGCCAUUCCCCUUAGUCCUCAUUCCCAGGUGAGAAGGUCCCACAUGUAACCCUGUCCUGUCCUAUUCAUCCUGCUGCCUCCCUCUUCUCCCUGUUGUCUGCAUUGUGCUGUCCCUGUUUUCUGAGGAACGCUGGAGCGUAUGCAAAGCUUCAAUUGUACGCUCCUUGGGGCAGGGCUCGGUCUUUCUCUGUAUUGGCCAUGUUACAUGAUAAAGCUACCCAGCAGCCUCCCACUCUUGUCUUUCGUGCCAAUAGCAUCUCUCCUCUCCGCAAAGUUCUGGAAUGAACUCCCAAGCAAGAUGCAGCAGCUGUGAGGGCCUUUGGGUGACAGUCGUGCAAAAGCCGUUUAUUUGGUGUGGCCUUUUUGCUGCUAAGAUGAAUACGAUUGGCCAAGGGAUACAGCUUUAGUGGGUAAAGCUGUGGAUUUAUUUUUGAGUGGGGGGAUGAGGUGGAGUGGAAUUUCAUUGCUAUUCAUUAUUGUAAAUUAUUUUAAAUAUAUUUCUUUAAUGUAAGGAGCUUUAAGAUUGGAAAAGCAAUAUGUACAUCAUAAAUAAAAAAUACUUCUUUCUCAAUGCUUUUCUUGGGGCACCAAGGUUUCACUUUCUCUUUGCUUUCCUACCACCUGGUACAGUACUCUUGUGCCAUUCUCCCCCAUUGGUGUCUCCCCCCCCUUCCUUUUGACUUCUCAAGCCCUGUCUUUGGAUCCCACCCCAUCACCUGGGGAGGAGUGCCACUUCUGCCCUGAGUACAGUGCCAACAUAUUGCUAAGAGCUACCUAACCUGCCAUCAUAAUAGAACAGUAUUCACUGGCAUUAAAAACAGCAUUUGUGGACUUUGAGUUAUGGUGAUAAGGGAGGGAGCGAAAAGGGGAAACAGGUUUGGGGUAGGGAGAGAAAGAAAAGGAAGGCAAACUUUAGGGAUGCCGUAAUUUUCCUGCCCCUGGACAGGUCUCCUGUGGCUUUAACAGUUGUGUGAGAGGAAGGAGUUCAACUUAUGCAGCUUUCCCCAUCUGUGUGCUAAGGGGAAAUUGGCUAGCUGAAAUUCUGCCCCUCAGAAACCUGUUAAAGGCACAGCAGCCCUGCCAGGAAAGGUGGGAAGAAAGAAGGUGGCAACUCUAGGAAGUUAACUUUCACAGGGAAGCUUGGUGCUUGUUGUGCCCCCUCAUCCUUCAAAUAUAUUUCUCCCUGGUUUUUAAAUGAACACAAAUUCUGCCCUUGCCCAAGGUUUCACUGCCUAGAGGUUUAAAAAUCCAACCAACCCAUAAAACUUCCCAAAAUGAUAUCUAAGAUUACAAAUAAAAGAACUGUUCACUGUUGAGAGCACAGCUAUGAAGAGAGAAUGAUGUUAUUGCCCCCUGCCGUUCAUGUUAUACCAUAGCACCUUUAGUAGCUACAACUGUACAACAAUGCACAUUCAGAUUAAUAAUAAUAAUCUAAACAAAUAAACAUAGACGGGAGGAAAAGAUUCAUAGAAGGCCAUGGCAAUUGAGGGGGGAAAGCUCAUGGGCUCACUGAAAAUGUCAACUUGGGAGUGCUGCAACAGGUGAAACAAAUUCCGGAUAUAUACCCCUUGAGGGGGAAAAAGGUUGCCUACCCUUGACUUAAAUGAAAAGGACAAAGCAAAACUAACACCCUCUGCUCUCAUACAGGAGAAAUCUCGGAGCGUGUUACGGGAGUGGUACAUCCACAACCCCUACCCAUCCCCUCGUGAGAAGAGGGAGCUGGCAGAAGCCACAGGGCUGACCACCACCCAGGUCAGCAACUGGUUCAAGAACCGGCGCCAGAGGGACCGUGCGGCCGAGACCAAGGAGAGGUGAGGCUUUGUGGGCUUUUUGGGUUCAACGAAAAGAAGAUGCAGAGCCGCCUGCUGCCUACCAACACAGAAGGGGAUGAAGGGAGGGAGGAAGCCCUGAUACUAGAAGUCACAGAAAAAGGGACAGGGGGAACCAGAACCCUUGAGAUUACGAGAGGGGCUGGAACAGAAACCAUUGAGAAAUAUCUUGCUUACUUUAGCCUCUGCCUCCUUUUCUCACUUUCCCAAAGGUUUCCUCUCUGCCCUUGAUCUCUGCUCGCUGUCCAUUUUUUAGUUUCUUUGCCGUUACAUUUAAGGCACAGAACAUACCCCAGGCAAUUGUGCUGCCAGCCUGCCUUGGCCUCCCUCCCUCUCAGUCUUCGUUUGACACACAACCAUCUGCUAUCAGUCCUUCAGGUCUCCUUUUUCCAAAUCCAACUCUGCCAUGUCCUUCUCUCUGUCUAGAACAACCUCCUUGCAUCAUCGGAGGCUGCUCCAGCAGAGCAAAUGGGGGCACUGCCCCACCAACCUCAGUCUGAACUAAGCCAGCCCCCACCUGCCAGCCAGGGGUGAUACCAGCUGUCACCUUCCUCCUCCUUAGUCAGAAGGCUCACCCAUAAUUACCUUUUGCCCUGCCCUUUCAAGACACAGGCCCGCACUUUAAAGCACUGUGUCGGGGGUUUUUUUUGUUUUGCCCCAGAUCUUUUCCCAUGUAAACCUGAUCUUUACUGCUGAAUCGGAACAAACAGUUAUUUGGGUUUUCCAUCCAUUGUUUGCUCUUAUUCAGAAGUAAAGAGUGGGUUUUGCGACAAGGCCAAAAAAUAAAUAAAAAAGACACCCAGACACAGCAUUUUAAGUGCAGACCAGUGCCUAGAAAGCACAGCACAAAAGGAAGUCUGAAUGAACCUCAAGUGCUGUUCUUGUACAACUCAGAGGGCAGGAGAAUAGCGACAAAACUGGAAUCCAUUGGUAUCUGCCUGUCGUUCGCUCUGACUCCACCUACUCUUGGCCUCCCAUCCUCCACUCCAAGUGGGCACCAAUCACCCUGCCUUCACAAAUUGUGUUCUCUAUCAACUCCAUAUUCCUCCUAAAGUUUUCUGCAAACCCUUUCUUGGACCACGGUAGUAGCCACGCUUGUUCCAGUGCAAUUUUUUGCAACUGGCUGCUUAUUUCUUCAAGCUCUCUCCUUUCUCUUCUCUUUGAUAUGCCCCAUGUUCUUAGAUCAUGAGCCUCCAGAAAGGGAAUGUGCUUGUUCAAAAUGUUCUGGUUUUUAACUACAGAACACUGGUGAGAUGCAACCUGUAACUGGGGCAUGACCACAGCUCAGGCUAAGGCGGGUUUCACCAGAAGUGAUUCCAUUCUUCAAGUAAUUUUAAAUGCAUCAUUAACUGGAAGGAAAGAGUGGAAAGAGAGAGGGGGGGUGAAUAAAAGAAGAGGGGGGUAGUGAGGGUAUACAAAAAACAUUUUUACCUAAAAGGCACUGUGUAGGUGGCGCAUUUGAAUUUUACUGGAGCAGCAGUACUGGAGAGAUGGGCUAGCCCAUUCCUGCACUGUUUCCCUGAUCAAAAUGGCAUCUCCAAAGCUUUUAUUAGCCCUACAGCCAAAAGCACAGAUCUCCUCUUAUUUGGCAUAAAGAAAACAGCAGGAAAGUUGGGGUGGACAGUCAGAAAUACAAAGCCAUACCUGCAAAGACUGAAAGUUACCAUCUAAUCCCUGCUUCCCCAAUGCCUAUUAUCUUAGUAUGCACCCAGCAGGACUGAUUCCUUAGCAAUCUGGCCCCCAGAGACAAUAUUCUCCUCUUCCUCUUCUACUUCUUGCAGGGAGAACAGCGACGGUGGUGCACUGAAGGAAGGAAGGGGCCUUCCACGAGAAAGACACCUACUCUCCAGCUCCGAUGAUGAGAGCUCUCCCAUUGACAGCCCUGCAGCUCAUGCAUCCAGCCCCUCACUGCUCUACUCUGGUUUGCCACUUUCGGCUCCAGCGGGAAACUCCAUUCACAACGUCCAGAGGGUAGAUUUUCUGCAGCACCAGCCGCUCCACAAUAGUCUUCUGGGGCCCCUCACUUCUACCCUUGUAGAUCUGGGCUCCUGA